AUCUUCUGUGCCCCGUCGUUUGAUGAUAAGAUCCUGGAGGUGGUAGCAGUGUUUGGCAGUAUGCAGAUGGCUGUAUCCAGAGUCAUCAAACUACAACACCACCGCAUAGCACAGGUAACGCACACACACACACACAGACACACACACACACACACACACGCACACGCACACACACACACACGCACACGCACGCACACACACACACACACACACACACACACACACACACACACACACACACACACACACACACACACACACACACACACACACACACACACACACACACACACACACUCCCUGUACUCUACUGUAGUGUUUGAUCCUAUGACCCUUUCCUCCACUGUCAGUGUCGCUCAGUGAAAAUCACUAUCCUGGGAGAUGAGGGUGUUCCUAUUCAAGUGGACGGAGAGGCCUGGGUACAACCUCCAGGAGUCAUCAAGAUCCAACACAAGAACAGAGCACAGAUGUUGACCAGGGACAGGGUGAGAAAGAGGACAGUCAAUAGAGAUGAUAUGGAGCAGGAAUCAGGGCUGGGUUCAAAUAAAAUAAAAUAAUAUUUUAUCGAUGAAGACGGAAGUAUCGCGUAAGGUCUGUGUUAAAAUUGUACUUUUUUUUUUUAUUGACCCGACAUAUGCAGUGUUUACCGUGAAUGCAAUCUCUGCAAGCGCGGGAAAAUUGCCUUUACAUUUAAAUCGAGCUAUAACGCUGAUCUUCUGCAAUACUUCCGCAAUACGGAUUGAAUCCAGCCUUAAACUGUUACUGUAUGCCCUGUCUCUGUCCCUGUGUCUGUCCCUGUCUCGCGUUGUUUCUUCCCUGUCCCUGUGUCUGUCCCUGUCUCUGUCUCUCUCUGUCUCUGUCUCUGUCCCUGUCACUGUCUCUCUCUGUCUCUGUCCCUGUCCCUGUCUCUGUCCCUGUCACUGUCCCUGUGUCUGUCCCUGUCUCGCUUUGUUUCUGUCUCUGUCCCUGUGUCUGUCCCUGUCUCGCUUUGUUUCUGUCUCUGUCCCUGUGUCUGUCCCUGUCACGCUUUGUUUCUGUCUCUGUGUCUGUCCUUGUUUUGCUUUGUUAAUGUCUCUGUCCCUGUGUCUGUCCCUGUCUCGCUUUGUUUCUGUAUCUGUCCCUGUGUCUGUCCCUGUCUCUGUCUCUCUCUGUUUCUGUCCCUGUGUCUGUCCCUGUCUCUGUCUCUCUCUGUGUCUGUCCCUGUCUCUCUCUGUCUCUGUCUGUGGAUCUUAACUCCGUUCCACCCUGUGUCUCCUCCCUGCGUCUCCUCCCUUCGUCUCCUCCCUGUGUCCCUCCCUGCGUCCCUCCCUGUGUCCCUCCCUGUGUCCCUCCCUGUGUCCCUCCCUGUGUCCCCUCCCUGUGCCCCUCCCUGUGUCCUUCCCUGUGUCCCCUCCCUGUGUCCCUCCCUGUGUCCCUCCCUGUGUCCCUCCCUGUGUCCCUCCCUGUGUCCCUCCCUGUGUCCCCUCCCUGUGUCCCUCCCUGUGUCCCUCCCUGUGUCCCCUCCCUGUGUCCCUCCCUGUGUCCCUCCCUGUGUCCCUCCCUGCGUCUCCUCCCUGUGUCCCUCCCUGUGUCCCUCCCUGUGUCUCCUCCCUGUGUCCCUCCCUGUGUCCCUCCCUGCGUCUCCUCCCUGUCUCUCCUCCCUGUCUCUCCUCACUGCCUCUCCUCCCUGUGUCCCUCCCUGUGUCCCUCCCUGUGUCCCCUCCCUGUGUCCCUCCCUGUGUCCCUCCCUGUGUCUCCUCCCUGUGUCCCUCCCUGUGUCCCUCCCUGCGUCUCCUCCCUGCGUCUCCUCCCUGAGUCUCCUCCCUGUGUCCCUCCCUGUGUCUCCUCCCUGCGUCUCCUCCCUGUGUCUUCUCCCUGUGUCUCCUCCCUGCAUCCAUCCCUGUGUGUCCAUGUGCAGGCGUUUGAGAACACUCUGAAGUCGUGGGAGGACAAGCUGAAGUAUGACAAGCUGCCCCUGCGACCUCACCUCUACUCCCAGCAGUCUGUGGACCUGGCCACUGAGGAGGAGGUGGCCCUUGUACAGCUGGUUGCACGCGCUGCGGACGACCUCAUCACCAGGUACACACACACACACACACACACACACACACACACUCACACAUACACACACACACACACACACAUACACACACCUUAUUUUACUCCCUUUUAAACUGUUAUCUUGAAUAAUGUACCUGUAAACGUUCUGUCCAGCCGGCAGACAGAACUGUGCCCUCUGACCUCUCCCCUUGUCCAAUCACAGGAUCUGUGAGGCAGCCAAGACCAAUGGGCUUUUAGAGCAGGAGCUGGCUCACGCCGUCAACGCCUCGUCACAUGCCAUCAACAAGACACACCCCAAGUUAGCCGAGGUUAGACAUCAUCAAGAGGAUAUGUGAUAUGAGGAGUGAUAUGAGGAGUGAUAUGAGGAGUGAUAUGAGGUGUGACAUGAGGAGUGACAUGAGGAGUGACAUGAGGAGUGACAUGAGGUGUGAUAUGAGGAGUGAUAUGAGGAGUGACAUGAGGAGUGACAUGAGGAGUGACAUGAGGAGUGAUAUGAGGUGUGAUAUGAGGAGUGAUAUGAGGAGUGACAUGAGGAGUGACAUGAGGAGUGAAAUGAGGAGUAACAUGAGGUGUGAUAUGAGGAGUGACAUGAGGAGUGACAUGAAGUGUGAUAUGAGGAGUGAUAUGAGGAGUGACAUGAGGAGUGACAUGAGGAGUGACAUGAAGUGUGAUAUGAGGAGUGAUAUGAGGAGUGAUAUGAGGUGUGACAUGAGGAGUGAUAUGAGGAGUGAUAUGAGGAGUGAUAUGAGGUGUGAUAUGAGGAGUGACAUGAGGAGUGACAUGAGGAGUGAUAUGAGGUGUGAGAUGAGGAGUUACAUGAGGUGUGAUAUGAGGUGUGAUAUGAGGAGUGACAUGAAGUGUGAUAUGAGGAGUGAUAUGAGGAGUGACAUGAGGAGUGACAUGAGGAGUGACAUGAGGAGUGACAUGAAGUGUGAUAUGAGGAGUGAUAUGAGGAGUGAUAUGAGGAGUGAUAUGAGGAGUGACAUGAGGAGUCACAUGAGGAGUGACAUGAGGAGUGAUAUGAGGAGUGACAUGAAGUGUGAUAUGAGGAGUGAUAUGAGGAGUGAUAUGAGGUGUGACAUGAGGAGUGACAUGAGGAGUGAUAUGAGGUGUGACAUGAGGAGUGACAUGAGGAGUGACAUGAGGAGUGACAUGAGGAGUGACAUGAAGUGUAAUAUGAGGAGUGAUAUGAGGUGUGACAUGAGGAGUGACAUGAAGUGUGAUAUGAGGAGUGAUAUGAGGAGUGAUAUGAGGUGUGACAUGAGGAGUGACAUGAGGAGUGACAUGAGGUGUGACAUGAGGAGUGACAUGAGGAGUGAUAUGAGGAGUGAAAUGAGGAGUGACAUGAGGAGUGACAUGAGGAGUGACAUGAGGUGUGAUAUGAGGUGUGAUAUGAGGAGUGAUAUGAGGAGUGUGUGAUUCCAGCUGUCUAAUAUCAAGUUUGUUUGUAUUGCCUUGUACCCAGAGUAUGGCCAGGAACACUGCUAUAGAAGUAGCCAGUAAUGUAAAGGCUUUACACAACGAGACGGAAUCCCUUCUGGUGGGACGAGUAUCACUGGUGAGUUACAAUCUAGGAGGCUAAGCAAGGUCAGUUUAGCCUUUCCAUAUCCUAACCAUUAGGAAGGAAAAACGCAAGACUGACCUUAGAUCAACGUCUCAGGGCAACGUCAUCUUACUCACAGUCUCUGUACAGAAAAUGUGUUUAUCUCCUUCAUACCCAACUCCUGUGUGUGCAUGUGUGUGUGUGUGUGUGUGUGUGUGUGUGUGUGUGUGUGUGUGUGUGUGUGUGUGUGUGUGUGUGUGUGUGUGUGUGUGUGUGUGUGUGUGUGUGUGUACGUGUGUGUCCAUCCACAGCAACUGGAACCCUCAGAUGAAGAGUCUUUAUCCAGUGCUCUGCAGAGUGUGGAGAUGGAACUAGGCAAACUAGUAGAUAUUCCCUGGUUAUACCAUAUACUGCAGCCUAAUGAAGAUGAGGUGAGAACACACUCUAGUAGAUAUUCCCUGGUUAUACCAUAUACUGCAGCCUCAUGAAAAUGAGGUGAGAACACACACACUCUAGUAGAUAUUCCCUGGUUAUACCAUAUACUGCAGCCUUAUGAAGAUGAGGUGAGAACACACACACACUAGUAGAUAUUCCCUGGUUAUACCAUAUACUGCAGCCUCAUGAAGAUGAGGUGAGAACACACACACACUAGUAGAUAUUCCCUGGUUAUACCAUAUACUGCAGCCUUAUGAAGAUGAGGUGAGAACACACACACACUAGUAGAUAUUCCCUGGUUAUACCAUAUACUGCAGCCUAAUGAAAAUGAGGUGAGAACACACACACAGUAGUAUAUUCCCUGGUUAUACCAUAUACUGCAGCCUAAUGAACAUGAGGUGAGAACACACACACACUAGUAGAUAUUCCCUGGUUAUACCAUAUACUGCAGCCUAAUGAAGAUGAGGUGAGAACACACACACACUAGUAGAUAUUCCCUGGUUAUACCAUAUACUGCAGCCUAAUGAAGAUGAGGUGAGAACACACACACACUAGUAGAUAUUCCCUGGUUAUACCAUAUACUGCAGCCUAAUGAAGAUGAGGUGAGAACACACACACACUAGUAGAUAUUCCCUGGUUAUACCAUAUACUGCAGCCUAAUGAAGAUGAGGUGAGAACACACACACUCUAGUAGAUAUUCCCUGGUUAUACCAUAUACUGCAGCCUAAUGAACAUGAGGUGAGAACACACACACACUAGUAGAUAUUCCCUGGUUAUACCAUAUACUGCAGCCUAAUGAAGAUGAGGUGAGAACACACACACACUAGUAGAUAUUCCCUGGUUAUACCAUAUACUGCAGCCUAAUGAACAUGAGGUGAGAACACACACACACUAGUAGAUAUUCCCUGGUUAUACCAUAUACUGCAGCCUAAUGAAGAUGAGGUGAGAACACACACACACUAGUAGAUAUUCCCUGGUUAUACCAUAUACUGCAGCCUAAUGAAGAUGAGGUGAGAACACACACACACUAGUAGAUAUUCCCUGGUUAUACCAUAUACUGCAGCCUAAUGAAGAUGAGGUGAGAACACACACACACUAGUAGAUAUUCCCUGGUUAUACCAUAUACUGCAGCCUAAUGAAGAUGAGGUGAGAACACACACACACUAGUAGAUAUUCCCUGGUUAUACCAUAUACUGCAGCCUAAUGAAGAUGAGGUGAGAACACACACACACUAGUAGAUAUUCCCUGGUUAUACCAUAUACUGCAGCCUAAUGAAGAUGAGGUGAGAACACACACACACUAGUAGAUAUUCCCUGGUUAUACCAUAUACUGCAGCCUCAUGAAGAUGAGGUGAGAACACACACACACUAGUAGAUAUUCCCUGGUUAUACCAUAUACUGCAGCCUUAUGAAGAUGAGGUGAGAACACACACACACUAGUAGAUAUUCCCUGGUUAUACCAUAUACUGCAGCCUAAUGAAAAUGAGGUGAGAACACACACACACUAGUAGAUAUUCCCUGGUUAUACCAUAUACUGCAGCCUAAUGAACAUGAGGUGAGAACACACACACACUAGUAGAUAUUCCCUGGUUAUACCAUAUACUGCAGCCUAAUGAAGAUGAGGUGAGAACACACACACACUAGUAGAUAUUCCCUGGUUAUACCAUAUACUGCAGCCUAAUGAAGAUGAGGUGAGAACACACACACACUAGUAGAUAUUCCCUGGUUAUACCAUAUACUGCAGCCUAAUGAAGAUGAGGUGAGAACACACACACUCUAGUAGAUAUUCCCUGGUUAUACCAUAUACUGCAGCCUAAUGAACAUGAGGUGAGAACACACACACACUAGUAGAUAUUCCUGGUUAUACCAUAUACUGCAGCCUAAUGAAGAUGAGGUGAGAACACACACACACUAGUAGAUAUUCCCUGGUUAUACCAUAUACUGCAGCCUAAUGAACAUGAGGUGAGAACACACACACACUAGUAGAUAUUCCCUGGUUAUACCAUAUACUGCAGCCUAAUGAAGAUGAGGUGAGAACACACACACACUAGUAGAUAUUCCCUGGUUAUACCAUAUACUGCAGCCUAAUGAAGAUGAGGUGAGAAACACACACACUAGUAGAUAUUCCCUGGUUAUACCAUAUACUGCAGCCUCAUGAAGAUGAGGUGAGAACACACACACACUAGUAGAUAUUCCCUGGUUAUACCAUAUACUGCAGCCUAAUGAAGAUGAGGUGAGAACACACACACACUAGUAGAUAUUCCCUGGUUAUACCAUAUACUGCAGCCUAAUGAAGAUGAGGUGAGAACACACACACACUAGUAGAUAUUCCCUGGUUAUACCAUAUACUGCAGCCUCAUGAAGAUGAGGUGAGAACACACACACACUAGUAGAUAUUCCCUGGUUAUACCAUAUACUGCAGCCUAAUGAAGAUGAGGUGAGAACACACACACACUAGUAGAUAUUCCCUGGUUAUACCAUAUACUGCAGCCUAAUGAAGAUGAGGUGAGAACACACACACACUAGUAGAUAUUCCCUGGUUAUACCAUAUACUGCAGCCUAAUGAAGAUGAGGUGAGAACACACACACACUAGUAGAUAUUCCCUGGUUAUACCAUAUACUGCAGCCUAAUGAAGAUGAGGUGAGAACACACACACACUAGUAGAUAUUCCCUGGUUAUACCAUAUACUGCAGCCUAAUGAAGAUGAGGUGAGAACACACACACACUAGUAGAUAUUCCCUGGUUAUACCAUAUACUGCAGCCUAAUGAAGAUGAGGUGAGAACACACACACUCUAGUAGAUAUUCCCUGGUUAUACCAUAUACUGCAGCCUAAUGAACAUGAGGUGAGAACACACACACACUAGUAGAUAUUCCCUGGUUAUACCAUAUACUGCAGCCUAAUGAACAUGAGGUGAGAACACACACACACUAGUAGAUAUUCCCUGGUUAUACCAUAUACUGCAGCCUAAUGAACAUGAGGUGAGAACACACACACACUAGUAGAUAUUCCCUGGUUAUACCAUAUACUGCAGCCUAAUGAACAUGAGGUGAGAACACACACACACUAGUAGAUAUUCCCUGGUUAUACCAUAUACUGCAGCCUAAUGAAGAUGAGGUGAGAACACACACACACUUCUAAUCCUACACCUGUGUUCCUCUCAGGACCCCUCGUUAGAGUAUGGCAAGAGCAGCAGUCGUAGCAGCAUGUUCAGAUCGUGCCAAAGUUCAAGAAAGAGAAAGCUACCAAGAAGACCUGCCCUCAGUCCGGUCAGUGUUAGUCUUUUAGUCUCUCCACAGGCUUCACAUAGACAGUACGCUCUUAGAAAAAAAAGGUGCUGUCUAGAACCUAAAAAGGGUUCUUCGGCUGUGGCCCAUUGGAUCACCUUUUAAAGAUCCCUUUUUGGUUCCAGGUAGAACCCUUUUGGAUUCCAGGUAGAAACCUUUUGGGUUCCAUGUACAACCCUUUCCACAGAGAGUUCUACAUGGAACCCAAAAGGGUUCUAUCUGGAUUCAAGAGGGUUAACCUAAUGGGACAGCCGAAGAACCCUUUUGGAACCCUUUUGGAACCUUUUUGGAACCCUUUUGGAACCCUUUUUUCUAAGAGUGUACGUACCACACACACAUGCACACAAACAUACAUUGUUGUUUACUUUUUAGUUAGAACUAAGAUCUUUAAGGUCUCUAUGUGGCCUACAUUUAGUGGUUGUAAUGCAUUAUAACCACCCAGUGUGGUGUCAGGGAUUGUCUCUGUGUUUUCUUUUCUGCCCUGGUCCUCAGUCUGACCCAGCCAUCCAAGAGCACCCCUCUUCCUUCUGUUCAUGGUCUUAUCCACCUGUCUACACAUGUACAGCAGGCACAAACCAAGGCCAAAGACAGGGGGAGGGGGCUGGACACAGGGCCAAAAACCCAGGGGUUUCCCAGAGAAAGAAAAUGUGUGUAUUAGAACACCAUUUCUCCUUCAUGACGACUGAUACAACCGAAUAUUGCUACAUUUGUUUAUUGAUAUUACUACCAAUUGAACAUGAAAAAAGCAUUUUUUUGACUGUAUGUUUAUGAAUAUUACUACCAAUUGAACAUGAAAACCAGCCAUUUCUAUUGAAUGCUGCAGCUGCACUCUUCAAUCUAGAUUAUAAUACAGAAUGCAGGUCGUCUCAGAAAGGACUUUGUUUUGGUGUGGAAUAAGAGAGAAUAGAAUGGAGACAAGUAGAAUUGCAGGAGUUGGCCGUUCCUCUGCUUCAGGACCCCGUCUGAUUGGUCGGGAGUGUUAGUCCCGCCCACAGUGAGGCAGGGCAGGGUGUUGAUUGGGUGAGACGUUCCUUCAGGUUGCACAGGCUUCCACCUCCUUCUCCCUCCUACUUCCUGUACGUCUGUGUUCUGAUUGGUGGAUAACCUGCAUGCCCUCAGCCUCUCUGGAAGGCCAUUGGCCACAGCUGUUUCCGACCAACCAACCUCCAACAUCUAUGUUAACCCCUCCUCUUUUUCCGCCAGCCGCUACCGCCUCUCCUCCCUCCUUUCCUUUCUCCCUCUACCUCUCCCUGUCUUCCCAUCCCUCUAUUGGGAUUUCCUCUCUCUGAUUGUGUGUGUGUAUAUAUAUGAGUGUAUGUGCGUUUGGAUGUGGGUGUGCAUCAUAUAUUUGUGUGUAUGUGUGUGAGAGAGAGGGUCUCAGACACUGAGCGAGCGCCUUCUUGCUCUGUGUACUGUCUGUGUAUGUAGUGGAGAGAUGGGGUACAGAGGAGGUAGGAGUCUGGCUGGAGCAGCUCAGUCUGGGAGAGUACAGAGACACCUUCACACGCCAUGACAUCAGAGGCUCUGAACUGCUGCACCUGGAGAGAAGGGACCUGAAGGUAUACACACAGGCACACACACAAACACACAAACAUAACACACACACUCAAACAUAACACACACACACACAUACAAAUAUAACACACACACACACGCGCUAAGGCAUACACACACACACACACACACACACACACACACACACACACACACACACACCCUGUUACUUCAUCUAUCCCCAGAUCAACUCUCUUUCUCUCUUCCUCUCUGGUUCUCUCCAUCUCUUUCUCUCUGGUUCUCUCCAUCUCUUUCUCUCUGGUUCUGUUGGCCGUUAGCUGUCUCCCUGUUUGCUGCUCUGUGCUGCACUGCUCUGCUUGGCUUCUUCUGUGUGUGAGAGUGUUGCUUACCUACCGCAGGAGACUGGCUGUAACUCACUAACCCCUCAGUCUCCACUGGUACUGUGUGUGAACUUGGAACGGGAACGGGACAGGGCUGGGGAAAUGGGGUAAGGGGAGGGAGGGCUGGGGGGGGUGGUGUAGGGGAGGAGGGGCUAUGGGAGUGGGACUGCUCAGGAAGGUUGGGUGAGGGAGGGUUGGAGCUGGGGUUAGGGUGGUACCAUAGACCGAGACAAGAAGCUGUUUUAGGUAGGACCGACAAAGAGACGCUGUUCAUGGACAGAUGCACAACAACUCCCAGUAGUGCUGACCCCAGGGGUGUGAGUGGACAUGCCCUUUGGAGUGCUGCUGAACAUAGGUGGCAUUUACUUGGAGUUAAAGGAGAAAGAUGUUCAAUGUUGACUCCAUACUGAGAAAAUACCUCAGGGAGAAACAAGAGGUGUAUUAAUUCGUCAGAUUCCAUUUGCAAAACGUUUUGUCUGUGGCAAAACAGUUUGCAACUGAAACCGUUUAACGUGUAAGCUAAAUCAUAGCAAAUCAAAUUCUAUUGGUCGCAUACACAUAUUUAGCAGAUGUUAUUGCGGGUGUAGCGAAAUGCUUGUGUUCCUAGCUCCAACAGUGCAGUAAUAUCUAACAAAACACAACAGUAAUCUAAAAAAAAUAAAAGAAUGGAAUUAAGAAACCAACUGAACCAAACAGAAGCAAACAGGGAAGGACGUACCUGAAUUUGUCCAAUAGAAACUCUCGUUUUCAUUGCAAAAUGUUUUCCGUUUGGAGUAAACGGUUUUGCAACGGAAUCCGACUGUAGCUCAGCUGGUAGAGCACGGCGCUUGUAACGCCAAGGUAGUGGGUUCGAUCCCCGGGACCACCCAUACGCAAAAAUGUAUGCACGCAUGACUGUAAGUCGCUUUGGAUAAAAGCGUCUGCUAAAUGGCAUAUUAUUAUUAUAUUAUAAUGAUACACCCCAGGGAUAUCCCACUGCACACUCAUUACCCCAUAACCUCCUUACAGAUGAUGGAGUGUCAUUUACAUUGUUCUAUUUCAAAAACACAUUGUUUAUCAGAGUUUCAUGGACCAACGAUCCUAAUGGAUCUACAGUAGGUGGAGUGAACGAGGGCAAAGCGAGGGGAGGACAGUAAUAGACGUGCACUCAUCCAUACGAGCGACAGGCCUACCAUACCUUGGACUGUGCCAGUGUUUCGCUGUGUGUGUGUCCCCUCAUUCCAAAUCUGUCCCCUCCAUUUCUAUGGCAAAACCACCAUUAUCUGGCGAAAAAGCAUCAUUGGAAGUUAAUGUUUUUUUCCUAAACGCUAUUACAUAAUUGUAAUUGAUCCUAUUUAGAAACAUGGUAACACUUUACGUAACACUUACAGUUACAAUUGUAAGACUUGUCAUGUACAUGUAAGAAGUCUUUAUAAUGCUUUUCUUAGUCUGUAGAAAUAAUUGCAGCAUAAAAGUAUUAAGUAAGGGAUAAACGCCCACGUUCUGUACAAAAAAUCCUGAUCGUUCUUAUAUCUCUCAGAUAUAGGAGAGACACUUCAGAACUUUAUUUUUAUAUUUUUUUGGGACUAUCUUUUAUUCCAUGUAGUGAAUCUGUUGUUACAUGCAUUUGUAUGGACUAAUAGCAGUAAGACCCCCAAAAAUGUAUUUUUUUUUUAUACUUCAAGGGCUCUUAAAAUUCUAAAUCAAAUACCUAAUGAUCCUUGGUGUGAUCACCACCCCCGCCCCCUCCACCCCUCCCCCGGCUUAGACAGGGCUUAGAUGGGUUAAGUGAGCAAAAUAGGUGUUGCAGUACAGGGUGACCAAGACGUAAAACAACAGGGUACGAAAUAGUACCAAAAAAAAGACAAUUCAAUGUAAAAACCAUAAAACAGAAUUAGCGUAGUGAUUAAAAAGGAAGCUAUUAAAUAAAACGAUUUCCAUUAAAUAAAUAUACAAUUAGGAGAAUCAAUGUUCUUAAGAUGUCGUCUGCUGUCCACAGGAUCUGGGGAUAUCGAAAGUGGGUCAUAUGAAGAGAAUUCUCCAGGGAACUAAGGAUCUGGCCAAGACCGCCAUGGUUGACCUCUAA